ACAGUUCCUUCUCUCUCUCUCCUCUUACACAUACUAAUUUCUAGAGAGAGAAAGUGAACACAGAAAACAUCUCCGUCUUCUGCGUCGAUCACGUCUCUGGUGAGGCGUAGAUAGGCGGUAGAGAAAUUAUCGUCAAUUUCUUUUAUUAUUAACGGAGAUGAUGGCUGGCCUGUCCAAAGAGCUUGUUUUUCUGAUACUUCAGUUCUUAGAUGAAGAGAGUUAUAAGGAAUCAGUGCAUAGGUUGGAAUCCGAGUCUGGACUUUUCUGUAAUGUCAAGUAUGUUGAGGAUCUGGUUACUAAUGGGAAUUGGGAAGAGUUGGAGAAGUACUUGGCUGGUUUCAUACAUGUUAAUGAUAACCGCUAUUCGGUGAAAAUGUUAUUCGAGAUUCGUAAACAGAAAUACCUGGAGGCUUUGGACAGGAAGGAUCACGCAAAAGCUUUGGAGAUCCUUAACAAUGAACUGAAAGUUUUCAAAACGUUCAAUGAAGAUCUAUUCAAGGAAAUGACACUCCUUCUAACCAUGGGGAAUUUUAGGGAAAACGAACAGCUUUCUAAGUAUACAGAUACUAAAUCAGCCAGGGCUGUAUUGCUUGCUGAGCUCAAGAAACUGGUUGACACAAACCCAGAUUUGCGUGAAAAGUGUCUAUUUCCUGGUUUCAAGAACUCAAGGCUACGUUUGUUAAUAAACCAGAGCCUAAACUGGCAGCACCAACUUUGCAAGAAUCCGAAGCCUAACCCAGAAAUCAAAACUCUCUUUGUGGACCAUGCUUGUCGGCAAUCAAAUGCUGCUCAGGCUCCAUCCCCUGUGCCCAAUCAGCUAAUGGGUUCCGUGCUUAGGGUAGGUGGUUUCCAACCGCCAAUGCAGCCACCUGAAGCACCGGCAUUUCUUGCUACGUCUCAUGGACAAGGGAUAGUCAACUCCUCCCAUCCCUCCUCUUUGCCUCACCAUCCCAUUUCUGGAGGGGCUCUCGUUCCUGCUGCUCCUAACGCUGCGGAUUCUGAGCUUACCUUGAAGAGAUCAAGACCUUUUGGGAUACCAGAGCAGAAUAAUCUCCCUACAUCAUCAGUCAUGCGUCCUGGUCAGAGCCAUGCCUACGGUUUAAGUCCUGAUGACUUGCCGAAGAAAGUUAUUUUAACUAUAAACCAUGCUUCAGAUGUGAAGAGCAUGGAUUUUCAUCCUGUUUACCAAACUCUGCUUCUAGUUGGAGCAAACACCGGUGACAUUGCCCUUUGGGAGGUAGGUAGCAGGUUGCGGAUUGCACAUAAAAGUUUCAAUGUUUGGAACAUCGCGACAUGUUCAAUGGCUCUUCAGGCUUCUUUGGCCAAUGAAUAUCCUGUUUCGGUAAACCGUGUUAUGUGGAGUCCAGAUGGACGGCUUUUAGGUGUUGCAUACUCAAAACACAUUGUACACUUGUAUGCAUAUCGUGCUGGUAAUGAGUUACGAGAUCACCUUGAGAUAGAGGCUCAUGUUGGCAAUGUUAGUGAUCUUGCCUUUGCCAUUCCAAACCGGAAAUUAUGCAUCAUAACUUGUGGAGAGGACAGGAGUAUUAAGGUUUGGGAUGCUGCAACGGGUGCCAACCAGCACACCUUUGAAGGCCAUGGUGCACCAGUCUAUUCUAUAUGCCCACAUCAUAGGGGAAAUAUUCAGUUUAUCUUUUCAACGUCUAUUGACGGGAAGAUCAAGGCAUGGCUAUAUGAUGAUUUUGGUGCGAGACUUGAUUAUGAUGCACCAGGUUAUACUUGUACAAGAAUGGCAUACAGCAGUGAUGGACUGAGGCUUUUCUCAUGUGGUACUAGUAACGAUGGGGGAUCAUACCUUGUAGAAUGGAAUGAAAGUGAAGGUACUGUCAAACGAACAUACCUCGGUCUAGGGAAGCAAGCUUUGGGUGUUGUGCAGUUCGAUGCAAGCAAGAGGUUGUUGGUAGCUGGCGAUGAAGGUUUAAUUAAGUUCUGGGACAUGGAUAACAAACACCUUUUGAGCACUACAAAUGCAGAGGGUGGAUUACCGGCUUCACCCUGUGUUCGGUUCAGCAAGGAUGGGAUUUUCUUGGCUGUAUCAACUUCUGAUAAUGGGGUCAAAGUACUUGCGAAUGCAGAAGGUCUUCGGCUUGUAAGAUCCAUUCAAAAUCAACCCGAAGCUCCUAGAACUGCUUCUGGGAUUGUUGCUAAGGCCACUACCAUCACUGCAUCCGCUGCUUCCAGUUCAACAGCUGGAGCACCCGCAGGAUUUCCUGAUAGAACUAUACCGAUUGCAGCUAUGGUUGCUCUGAAUCAGGAUAGCCAAAAUUUGGCAAAUGUCAGAUCUAGAAACACUGAUGAGCUUGAAUCUACCAAUCUUUGGAAGCCAAAGGAAAUAACUGAACCAUCUCAACUUCGUUCCUUGAGACUUCCUGAUAAUCUCUUAGCAGUACGGAUUGUAAGGCUUAUGUAUGCAAAUUCUGGUAGUGCGAUACUUGCACUUGCUUAUAAUGCUGUACACAAACUGUGGAAAUGGCAAAAAACCGAGCAAAACACGACAGGAAAUGCAACUACUGCUGUGCCACCGCAUUUGUGGCAACCUUCUAGUGGAAUCUUAAUGACAAAUGAUAUUAGAGAUGCUAAUCUCGAAGAUGCUGUUCCUUGCUUUGCUCUUUCAAAGAAUAAUUCUUACGUUAUGUCGGCAUCUGGAGGAAAAGUAUCCUUGUUUAAUCUGGCCACAUUCAAGACCAUGACGACAUUCAUGCACCCACCACCCGCAGCAACAUGUCUUGUUUUUCACCCGGAUGACAAUAACAUCAUUGCCAUUGGAAUGUCAGAUUCUUCAGUACAAAUCUAUAAUGUUCGUGUUGACGAGGUAAUGAAGAAGCUGACCGGCCAUCAGAAGAGCGUAACCGGGCUUGCCUUCUGCACUGAUAAAAAUCUUCUAGUUUCAUCAGGAGCUGAUGCUCAGUUAUGUGUUUGGAAAACCGAUAACUGGGAAAUGCACGGAAGCAAAUUCUUGCAAAUUCCUGCUAGACGACCAAACAAUCCUGUAGGAGGGACCCGUGUACAGUUUAACCUGGAUCAGACGCUUUUUAUGGUUGUUCAUGGAACACAUAUUGCCAUUUUCGACCCCUUAAAGCUGGAUUGUUCGAUGCAGUGGGUUCCCCGACCAACAAGCGGUUCCAUUACGGAUGCUGUAUAUUCAUGCGAUGGGCAAUCGAUAUUUGUGAGCACUGAUGAUGGAAGUGUGAGUGUCCUCACAUCACAGCACCUCAGGUUGAAAUGUCGGAUCAAUCCCUCAGCAUAUUUGGCAUCUAACCCCAGUUCAUUACUGGUGUCUCCCAAUGCCAUUGCUGCUCAUCCUUCUGAUCCGAAUCAAGUUGCAUUGGGGCUUUCGGACGGUGGAAUUUGUGUUCUUGAGCCCCUGGAAUCAGAGAAACAGUGGGGGAAUGAUCCAUCCACUGAAACCGGUGUAGCUGGUCCUAGCACCAACCCAGUUGCAGCAGCAGCCAGUUCGGUUCAGCCUUAGGGAGUUGAAUCAGAUUGGAUGCUGUUGCAGCUUGUUAUGUUGAUUAGGGUUCAGUUAGGUGGUCAAACUUUUAUGAACUAUUGUUGUGGUUUGGUUUAUGUUCUUCUGUACAAGACUAUAUAUGUUGUGCUUGCAUGUGUGUGCUGGGAGUUGGUUUCUCCAUAUGUUGUAACUGGAUAUCUCUUAGGCUUAUCUAUGGUUUUAUC